AUGCGUACGCACCCUACGUAUUACGUUAGGAGUCUCCACACGUACUAUCAGUACGAGCCCGUUUCGAGAGGCGAAGAACACCUCCACGAUCAAGGGCCAAGUUCACCUUCGAGUGGUCCCGUUUCAACGAGCCAAUCUUUCCAAUCAGCGAAGCGACCUUCUAACGCAGCUGAGCGAUGUCCUGAUGAGCUGCAGCCAGCUCGUCACGAAGAGAACGAUCCAACGUUCGUUCUCAAGCUGCGCGAGCGCAAACAUGGCACGAUCGUUCGAACGAUCGUGCGCAAAGAAAUUGAAAUUAUCCUUUACAAAGUCAUGGAGCUCAUAACGCCGAGUCCGUUCAUGAUCCAGUUCAUCACGUAA